AAAACAGGAGGCGUGUUCUAUCUAUUCUAUGACAUCAUCAAAGCACCAGAGGAACGCGCUUCUCUCUCGCGGUGCCUUCAGUGGUUUUGAAGAUCGCGCGACGUCGUGUUUGCUGGCUCAUACACACGCAGAAAUGAGCGGUUCUGCUUAUAUUGGAGUGGAUGUGGGUACGGGCAGUGUACGGGCGGCUCUGGUCACACGGGACGGUCACGUCACACACACGUCAGAGGAAAGCCUUCACGUGUGGGAACCGUGUGCGGAUCAUUACGAGCAGUCAUCCGCAGACAUCUGGAGCAAAUGCUGCACGGCUGUGAAGAAAGUAACUCGGGGCAUUGAUGUGGACUCUGUAAGAGGAAUUGGAUUUGAUGCCACGUGCUCUUUAGUGGCUCUGGACCGAGACUUUCAGCCUGUGGCUGUCAAUCAAACUGGAAUCAGAGAAAGGAAUGUGGUGAUGUGGAUGGAUCAUCGGGCUGCCGAACAAGCCUCUCGAAUCACAGCCACGAAACAUGAAGUCCUUCAGAGAGUUGGAGGGGUGAUGUCACCGGAAAUGCAGCCACCCAAAUUACUGUGGCUCAAAGAGAAUCUGAGGGAAACGUGCUGGAAGGAAACGGCACAUUUCUUCGAUCUUCCAGACUUUCUGUCAUGGAAAGCCACGGGGUCCUUAGCAAGGUCUUUGUGUACUGUAGUGUGUAAAUGGACCUAUUCCCCGUCAGACGGCUGGAACGACACCUUCUGGACUGCCGCUGGACUGGAGGACCUGGUGGAGAACAAUUAUUCCAGAAUAGGGGCGGAGACAGGUCGUCCAGGCAGUCUGAUAGGACGUCUCACCGCCGAGUCUGCCGCAGAUUUAGGUUUGAAACCGGGCACGGCAGUCGGGGCUUCGCUCAUAGAUGCUCACGCAGGAGGUUUAGGGGUGAUGGGAUCCGACGUGAGCGGUCACCACCUGCCGUGUGAAAACCAGCCGAUCACAUCCCGUAUGGCUGUUAUAUGUGGCACGUCCUCAUGUCACAUGGCUGUUAGCGAGCGGGCGCUGUUUGUUCCAGGGGUCUGGGGUCCGUAUCUGUCUGCCAUGGUGCCGGAUCUGUGGCUGAAUGAGGGAGGUCAGAGCGCCACUGGGCGACUGGUGGAGCAUGUGGUGAAAGGACACGUGGCGUACACGCAGUUAAAAGCACUGGCUGACAAGAGCGGGAAGAACGUUUACUCCUGUCUGAAUGUCCGUCUGGAGAACAUGACCAGAGGUCCAACACACCUGGAGCAGCUGACCGCCGGCCUGCACGUCUGGCCUGAUUUCCAUGGCAACCGCUCACCACUGGCCGACCAGACGUCCAGGGGCACGGUUGUCGGACUCACUCUGUCACAGACUUUGGAUGACUUGGCCCUGCUGUACCUAGCCACACUGCAGGCUAUCGCUCUUGGCACAAGACACAUUAUAGAUGCCAUGAGAGAGGCAGGACAUGAUAUCACGACCCUGUUCCUCUGCGGGGGGCUGAGCAAGAACACGCUGCUCGUGCAGUUACAUGCCAACGUCACGGGUUUGCCUGUUGUUUUGUCAGAAGAAAGGGAGCCUGUGCUGGUCGGAGCUGCAGUUUUAGGAGCCUGUGCAUCAUCUGACUACAGCUCCAUUCAGGAAGCAAUGAGGAACAUGAGCAGAAUAGGGCAUGUUGUCAGACCUAAUCCUGAGCUAGAAAGCUUUUACAGAAAGAAGUAUGAAGUGUUUCUGAUGCUUUACCAUCACCAGAAGGAAUACAUCAAACUGAUGAAUGAUGGAGACCACUGCAACUCGCCGUACGGCCACUGAUGCUGCCCUGGAGUCAUGUGUAUCAUUCAUCUCCUCAUAUCGUUGUAUCUCCUCAUAUGAAUUCAGAUGUUUGAUUGAUUAACAUUACUCCAAUCAAUCAAAUCAUUACGUGUGUGUUAUGAAUAAACAGGCAAUGUGUUUUAAAAA